AUGAACAUUUUGCAAAUUAUUGCACUGCUUGGUUUUGCUGCAUUUUGUGUAAAUGCUGGUAUUAUUGGUUCCAUUCAGGGAAUAACUGUAGUUGGCCGUCUUGCAUGUGGAACAAAGUCUGUACAAGAUCAAGAAGUUCAGUUAUGGGAAGAAGAUUCAGGUGAUCCUGAUGAUUUAUUAAAUACCACAAGAUCGGAUCAUAAAGGUAACUUCAAAGUAUUUGGUCAAGACAAAGAAGUGACAGCAAUUGAACCAUACCUUUCUAUUAAACACAGUUGUGAAAAUGGCGUAAUCAACCCGAAAUGUUCUAUUACUGACGAAUAUUUGGUUCCAAAAGAAUUCAUUGGUAAAACAUACGAAAUGGGUAUUGUAAGUUUGAGCAUUGCUCGGAAGAAUCAUAAGAAGAAGUAUUUUGCAAUUAUGCUCCUCAAUUUUCUCAUAUUGUCAGAAUUGGCUGUAGCAUCAACUUUUGCCCUAGGAAGCAUCAAAAAUAUAACUGUCACUGGUCAAAUAGCAUGCUCUGAUCGAUCACUACGAAACGUCGAAAUACAAUUGUGGGAGCAUGACACUUUUGAUCCAGAUGAUUUGCUAAAGACAACGAAAAGCGAUCAUCGUGGGCAUUUUGAGAUAUAUGGUGAGGAGGAUGAAAUUAAUAAUAUUGAGCCAUAUUUGGUUAUUGUGCACAAUUGCGAUAACGGUGCUACUAAUCUAUUUAAUAAGUCAAAAAUGUACAAUAAAGGAUCGUUACGAUAUACCGACCAGUUACGUAGGCCAUGUCUAUCAGAUGGGCAUUGUGAGCCUAAAUAUUGUCAAAAAUCGGCGAAAGCAAUGUGUUUAAAACUGGCAAUUUUGAUGACUUCAAACGUGUUAUUCUUGUUAACUCUUUUUGGAUAUCAUCUAGCUCUGAAUGCAAUUUGCACAACAAAAAAUGUAACAAUAACUGGACAAUUAGGCUGUGGUGAUCGUGCACUGAAAAACGUUGAAUUGGAACUUCGAGAACGAGAUACUAAUUUGUUUCUUGCGGUAGAUCCUGAUGAUAUACUGAAUGGAACAACAAGUGAUAGUGAAGGACAUUUCGCACUUUAUGGAGAAGAAUGCGAAAUUGGUACUAUUGAGCCAUACUUACGGAUCUAUCACAACUGUAAUGAUGGAGCGCUUUCUAAGGACUGUGUAAUUACUGAUGAAUUCGAUGUACCACAAGAUCUGAUCGGUGGAGUUUACAACAUGGGAAUUAUAAGCUUGAAUAUAGCUCGUAAGAAUCACCGGAAAAUUUGUCGGCUUUGUCAGAAAUCAAUGUUAGUACUUUUGCUGUUUUUGCAUUUUGAACUAGCCAACAGUUUUUUUUUCAUUGGUAAAGAGCAAAGGGUUACUGUAACAGGUAGCAUUGGUUGCGAUGAUAAUGCGCAUGAUCGAGAUGUUUACAUCGAGCUAUGGGAGCAAGAUUUUGGCACAGUUAACAUGAGAUGUACAGUCGUGGAUUACUUCCCAAUACCAGCUGAGUCAAUCAACAAAGUCUACAGAAUGGGUAUUGUUAGUUUGAAUAUCUAUCAUAAGAACCGAAAAACAAGAUGUAAGGAGCGGACUAGAAAAUGGAGAGAAGACUGA